CCACGGUACCCACGAGAGUCAACCGGUCGCGUUACCACCAGUCCCAGUCGGACCUGUAUGGCCCCAUCGACCGCCAUGUCAGCUUUAACCGCUGGUUUGAAAACUGAAGAACUUCCUCCCCGCUCAGCUCUCGGCGGCAGAGGCGAGAUGCAGACCAGUCUGAGUCCCGCGGAGGAGACCGGCAAGCCCAAAGUUGCUAUUCUGCCCUUCAGCGUCGAGGCGCUGAUGGCUGAUAGGAAACCCAGCAGAGAGGUGUCAUCGCCGGAUGCCCCGUCCGUGGCCGGGACGUCCCAGGCGCUGGGGAAGAGCGCGCGGAUGGGCUCUUUCGGUAGUCUGGAUACUCCACUUCCUGCUUUACCCAUGAGCUCUGCGUUUUCAGUGGGGGAGAUCAUGAACAUGCAAGAAGACGUACUGAUUAAACCCGAGAGCCCGGACAGUAAAGAGAGAACUUCAUGGAUACAGAGUCCUCGUUUUUCUCCUACGCCUCCACGAAGGUUGAGUCCUCCUGCCUGCCCUCUGCGAAAACACAAGACGAACAGAAAGCCCCGGACCCCCUUCACCACGUCCCAGCUGCUGGCCCUGGAGAGGAAGUUCCGCCAGAAGCAGUACCUUUCCAUCGCCGAGCGCGCAGAGUUCUCCAGUUCCCUCAACUUGACGGAGACCCAGGUCAAAAUCUGGUUUCAGAACAGGAGAGCCAAAGCCAAGCGGCUGCAGGAGGCAGAACUUGAAAAACUGAAAAUGGCAGCUAAGCCCAUGCUGCCCCCAGCUUUCGGGAUUUCUUUUCCUCUCGGUGCGCACGUCCCCGCGUCCUACGCGGGGUCGCACCCGUUUCAGAGGCACUCGCUGCCGGUUUCCCCCGUGGGACUGUACGCCGCUCACGUCGGAUACAGUAUGUACCACCUCGCUUGA